AAUGUAAUCAAGUCCAACAAUAGACAGCAGAGAAAGAGACGGGAGGGGAAGGUAAAGGAGAAGGGGGGAGGGUUGGCAUGUUGCUCUCAGGCAGGAGAAUGAAUCGCAGCGCCACCGAGCCUGAAACAGACCUAGUAGAAAUGGAACUGAGAAUAAGCACAGUUACAUUGUAGCCCCAACAACAACAACAAACAAACAACAACAAGCCCCAAAUAUAUUGUUACAAUCUAACAGUUCCGUCGGAGGAAUUAGGACACAGCAAUGCGAAGCCUGCGCUGAACAGGAGCGGCCGGGGUGAGAACAAGGCAGAAAGAUGGGCGCCGUGCUACGGACUGUGUUGUUCUCUAGUUUUUGUUUGCUAAUACGAGGUGUACCCCUCCUGCUGUAUGCCAACCGGCGGGACCUGCGGCUGGUGGAUGCGGCUCACGGCAGGGCCAACGCCACGGUGGUGGUCGGCGGUCUGGAGGACGCCGCCGCCGUGGAUUACGUAUACGCCCAGGGAUUGGUCUACUGGAGUGACGUCAGCGAGGAAGCCAUCAAACGCACCACCUUCAACCAAUCGGAGUCCGGCCCGGCGGCAGCGGCGGCAUCCCAGACGGUGGUCGUAUCGGGGUUGGCGUCCCCGGACGGCCUGGCCUGCGACUGGUUAGGCAGGAAGCUGUACUGGACGGACUCCGAGACCAAUCGGAUCGAGGUGGCCGAGUUGGACGGAUCGUUACGGAGAGUUCUUUUCUGGCAGGAUCUGGACCAGCCCCGAGCCAUCUCUCUGGACCCGGGUAGAGGGUACAUGUACUGGACGGACUGGGGCGAGGUCCCUAAGAUUGAGCGAGCGGGGAUGGACGGUACAAGCAGAGCCAUGAUCAUUGAUAAGGAGAUCUACUGGCCCAACGGGCUCACGCUGGACUACAGCCGGGAGAAACUGUACUGGGCGGACGCCAAGUUCAACUUCAUACAUCGCUCCAAUCUGGAUGGCACUGGGAGGGAGGUGGUGGUGAAGGGAGACCUCCCUCACCCCUUCGCUCUGACGCUGUACGAGGAGACUCUGUUCUGGACCGACUGGAACACUCAUUCCAUCCACUCGUGUCAGAAGGAGACCGGAGAAGAUCGGAGGAAGGUCCACUCGGACAUCUUCUCUCCCAUGGACAUACACGUCUACAGCCAGACGAGACAACCUCUACUGUCUUCUCCGUGCUCCGUGAGGAACGGAGACUGCUCCCAUCUCUGUCUCCUGUCUCCCAUCACACCCUACUACCAGUGUGCCUGUCCCACCGGGGUCCAGCUGCUAGAGGACGGAAAGACCUGCAGAGAUGGUGCCACUCAGCUCCUCCUCCUGGCCCGGAGGACUGACCUGCGCCGCAUUUCUCUGGACACGCCCGACUUCACCGACGUCAUCCUCCAGACGGACGACAUCCGCCACGCCAUCGCCAUCGACUACGACCCGGUGGACGGACACGUCUAUUGGACCGACGACGAGGUCCGGGCCAUCAGGAGGUCCUACCUGGACGGCUCUGACGCUCAGUUCAUCGUCACCUCACAGGUGAACCACCCCGACGGCAUCGCGGUGGACUGGAUCGCCCGGAACCUGUACUGGACGGACACGGGAACGGACCGCAUCGAGGUCACGCGACUCAACGGAACCAUGAGGAAGAUCCUCAUAUCGGAGGACCUGGACGAACCGCGAGCCAUCGUCCUGGAUCCUGUCGCUGGGUACAUGUACUGGACGGACUGGGGCGAGGUUCCUAAGAUCGAGCGGGCCGACCUGGACGGGACCGAGAGGCUAGUGAUGGUCAACACCUCCCUGGGCUGGCCCAACGGACUGGCGCUGGACUACGCCGACCGGAUGAUCUAUUGGGGCGAUGCCAAGACGGACAAGAUAGAGGUGAUGUGUAUGGACGGUUCAGGCAGGAGGAUCCUGGUAGAAGAUAUGCUUCCUCACAUCUUUGGCUUCACUCUGCUGGGCGACUACGUCUAUUGGACCGACUGGCAGAGACGCAGCAUCGAGAGGGUUCACAAACACACGACAGAGAGAGAGUUCAUCAUAGACCAGCUACCGGACCUGAUGGGGCUCAAAGCUACAUAUGUACACAAGACCUUCGGUACCAACCUGUGUGCGGAGUCUAAUGGUGGGUGCAGCCACCUCUGCCUGUAUAAGCCAGUGGGCGUCCAGUGCGCCUGUCCCAUUGGGCUGGAGCUGAUAGCCGACCUGUCCACCUGCAUCGUCCCAGAAGCCUUUCUCCUGUUCUCCCGCCACACAGACAUCAGACGCAUCUCCUUGGAAACUAACAACAACAACGUGGCCAUCCCGCUGACCGGGGUUAAAGAGGCGUCCGCACUCGACUUCGACAUCACAGACAACCGCAUCUACUGGACAGACAUCACAUUGAAGACAAUCAGUCGUGCGUUUAUGAACGGCAGCGCUCUAGAACACGUGGUGGAGUUUGGCCUGGACUACCCAGAAGGCAUGGCGGUGGACUGGCUGGGGAAGAAUCUGUACUGGGCGGACACGGGGACCAAUCGUAUCGAGGUGGCCAAGCUGGAUGGACAACACAGACAGGUCCUAGUCUGGAAAGAUCUGGACAGCCCUCGAGCCCUGGCACUGGACCCUGCUGAAGGGUUUAUGUACUGGACAGAGUGGGGCGGGAAGCCUAAAAUUGACCGGUCGGCGAUGGACGGGACGGGCCGGAUAACUCUGGUACCCAACGUGGGCCGAGCCAACGGGCUGACCAUCGACUAUGCUGAGAGGCGACUUUACUGGACAGACCUGGACACUACGCUCAUAGAGUCAUCCAACAUUCUGGGUCUGGAUCGUGAGGUUAUAGCUGAUGACCUCCCUCACCCUUUUGGUCUGACCCAGUACCAGGACUACAUCUAUUGGACGGACUGGUCUCAGCGCAGCAUCGAACGGGCCAAUAAGACAUCGGGUCAGAACCGUACGGUCAUCCAGGGUCACCUAGACUACGUGAUGGACAUCUUGGUCUUCCACUCGUCUCGCCAGGGGGGCUGGAACGCCUGCGCCUCCACCAAUGGGCAAUGCUCACACCUCUGUCUGGCUGUACCAAUCAGCAGCUUCGUCUGCGGAUGCCCCGCCCACUUCUCCCUCAACUAUGACAACAAGACCUGCAGUGCCCCGACGUCGUUCCUCCUGUUCAGUCAGAAGUCGGCCAUUAACCGCAUGGUGAUCGACGAGCAUCAGUCCCCUGACAUCAUCCUUCCCAUCCACAGUCUGAGGAACGUCAGGUCCAUCGAUUACGACCCGCUGGAUAAACAGCUGUACUGGAUCGACUCCAAACAGAACUCCAUCCGCAGAGCGCAGGAGAACGGGAACAUGAGUAUGACGGUGGUGUGGAGCCCAGUGGGCGGUCCUAACGUGGGCCUCCAGCCGUUUGACCUGAGCAUCGACAUCUACAGCCGCUUCAUCUACUGGACCAGCGAGGUCACUAACGUGAUCAACGUGACCAGGACAGACGGGAGCCGGGUGGGAGUGGUGCUGCGAGGAGAACACGACAAGCCCAGGGCCAUCGUGGUCAACCCGGAGCGAGGGUACAUGUACUUUACCAACCUGCAGGAGCGCAGUCCUAAGAUAGAACGAGCAGCUCUCGACGGGACAGAGAGAGAGGUGUUGUUCUUCAGUGGCUUGGGGAAGCCCGUUGCCCUGGCCAUAGACAACGAGGUCGGAAAACUGUUCUGGGUCGACUCAGACCUCAGACGCAUCGAGAGCAGUGACCUAUCAGGAGCCAAUCGGAUUGUGAUUGAGGACUCCAACAUCCUCCAGCCGGUGGGUCUGACGGUGUUCGGUGACCACCUGUACUGGAUCGACCGUCAGCAGCAGAUGAUCGAACGGAUCGACAAGACGACCAGGGAGGGAAGGACCAAGAUCCAGGCUCGCAUCGCCUCUCUCAGCGACAUUCACGCUGUCUACGACCUCGACAUGAGAGAGUACAGUAAGCACCCUUGUACCUGGGACAACGGAGGCUGUUCUCACAUCUGUAUCGUCAAGGGAGACGGAACCACGCGCUGCUCCUGUCCUGUUCAUCUGGUCCUGCUGCAGAAUGAACUCUCCUGUGGAGAACAGUUAUAACCUGUCUCUCCUCCCCCCAGAACCCCCACCUGUUCCCCAGAGCAGUUCUCCUGUGUAGCCGGGGAGGUGGACUGCAUCCCCCACGCCUGGCGGUGCGACGGCUACCCAGAGUGUGAUGACAGCAGCGACGAGGGGGACUGUCCCGUGUGUUCGGUUUCCGAGUUUCAGUGCGACUCCAGGCAGUGUGUCGACCUCAGCCUUCGCUGCAACGGAGAGGUGAACUGUCAGGACCGCUCAGACGAGAACAAAUGUGAAGUACAUUGCUCCCCGGACCACUUCAGCUGUUCCAGCGGUCAGUGUGUGGGGAAACAUCAGAUGUGUGAUCACUCUACAGACUGCUCUGACAACUCGGACGAGAUGGGCUGCUACCCGACUGAAGAGCCGUCCUCCCAGCCCACCAACACCAUCGGCUCCAUUGUGGGCGUUGUCAUGGCGCUGUUUGUGGUGGGCGCGGUCUACUUGGUGUGCCAGCGAGUUCUCUGUCCCCAGAUGAAGGACGACCGGGAGACGGUAACCAACGACCCCUCUGUUUCCCUGGGUUACGGCCCCUCUGUUUCCCUGGGUUACGGCCCUCACCCUGCCUCUCUGUCCGGGUCUCUGCCAGGUAUGUCCAGGGGAAAGUCUGUGAUUGGUUCGUUGAGCAUCAUGGGCGGGUCCAGCGGCCCUCCGUACGACCGCGCCCACGUGACCGGAGCUUCCUCCUCAAGCUCCUCCUCCACCAAGGGCACGUACUUCCCCCCGAUCCUGAAUCCUCCUCCAUCUCCUGCUACCGUCAGGUCUCAGUACACCAUGGAGUUUGGUUACUCCUCCAACAGCCCAUCAACCCACCGUUCGUACAGUUACCGUCCCUACACCUACAGUCACUUCGCCCCUCCCACAACCCCUUGCUCCACGGACGUCUGCGACAGCGACUACACGCCGGGACGCCACGCCCCGCCAACCUCCAACUCCGGCGUCGCCAAAGGUUACGCCAGCGACCUGAACUACGACUCGGAGCCUUUCCCCGCCCCGACCCCACGCAGCCAAUACCUGUCAGCGGAGGAGAACUGUGAGAGCUGUCCUCCUUCCCCGUAUACGGAGCGAUCCUACUCUCACCACCUCUACCCUCCUCCUCCGUCGCCCUGCACAGACUCCUCCUGAAACCUCUCGCUGUACAUAACAAUUGUUGAUAAUGUGUUUCUAAAAGAGGAGAGACGGAGGAGAGACGGAGGAGAGACGGAGGAGAGACGGAGGAGAGAGACGGAGGAGAGACGGAGGAGAGAGACGGAGGAGAGACGGAGGAGAGACGGAGGAGAGACGGAGGCAGAUGUACAGAACAUAAUGGAAAGAGAAACACAGGAAGCUCGUUUCGGGGUUAGAAGAAAGAGGUCCGGGAAACAUUUUUUUGUACAUUUUAAAAAAUAGAAAAAAAAGCAUAUUUAUAUAUUUUCUAUACAGCGUUUACUGGAUACGCCAUAGAGGUUUGUAUUCAAACAUUUGUACAUUUUUUUUUUUUUAAGAAAACGUUUUUAUUAAAACCAUCAGAAAACAUAAGUUGCCUUAAAUCCAGAAGAUACAAACAGUUGUCUGUUUUUACGACGCUGGACGAACAUUAAGCACAUAGAUGGAACUAUCCGACGCCGAAUAACACACCGUUACAACGCUAAGUAACGAGGAGAGGAGAGGAGGGGAGGGAGGG